AUGUCCGAGUCACCCAAGUCCGAGAAAUACAUGUUUCUCACGAGAUACAGCACUCCGGUUCCUGAACUUGAUGACCACCGGUUCCAAUUGGAUUCGCCUCGCAUGGAAGCCGCCCCCGAUGUGCCGCUCAGUCGGCAAAAUACUGCACCGCAGGGCUUGCACCCAGAGAGCCCUCAGCGCCCAGACUUGCUCAAUAUACAGGAUGCGCUCAGAGAAGCAGGUUCUUUCUCGCGCGAUUUCGAGCAGGCAAUCGUCGACGACGACCGAUCUGUUAAAGACCUCACCGCACUGGGACGUCGGUUCUCCGUGGACCCCGCGGGCAAUGUCCGGCAUGGUCGCACCUACAGCCGCACGCAUCAAGACUACGCUAAGUUGUCGCCCGAGUCAUCCGUCUCAGCUAGAUCAACCUCUCCACCCAACUCGGUCGAAGCCUUCGCAGAUCCGCGUCGCCGGGAACGGGCUAAUACCCUGGAGAGUCACGGAGCUCCUGACCUCGAGGCCAUUCUUCAACGCACAGUAUCUGGUGGCACGCACCAUCGUCGCCCCACGUUCAGCAAUGCCAGUGUGAUUCGCCCGCAGCCUGGGGAUGCACAAUUGGAAACGACUGAUGAUGGCUGCGUGCCAACAUUUGAGCAGCCCGGCAGAAUCCCAGUCAUCGAUUAUGAGGAGUUGGAAGAAUUUGUUGCGCUCAGCCAGCAAGCGAAGCCCACAGCAAGCAGACGUAAGCAUAGUCUGAGCUCGCAGAGCAAGAAGCCUCGUAUCUUUUAUGACCUUCGUGCGGGUGCCCAUAAUUUUGACAGUGAUGGCAUGAAACGCUCAUCAAGCGCGGAAUCUUUAUCUGACAAGAUACUGGAUCCGACAUCGACGAAGAACGAGAAGUUAUUCGCAGAUGUUCUAAACGAGAAAGAAUUGCUUGAGAAUCUGAAAAAUGAGAAUGAGCCCACCCGAUUUGGCUUUUUCUCAUCGGAAUCCCAGAGCACUGUGCACGCUGCAGAGCUGGGUGACCUGGUUCUUCCGGGGGAUACUUUUCGCGAUCUCUUCCAGCUUGGCCCAGAAGGCGGUGUCUGGUGGCUUGAUGUGUUGAAUCCUACGGAGGACGAAGUCGGAGCCUUGUCCCGAGCGUUCUCCAUUCACCCUUUGACAACGGAGGACAUCCUGACCCAAGAAGCUCGCGAAAAGGUUGAGCUUUUUAAGCAGUAUUACUUUGUCUGCUUCAGGACAUUUUACCAGAUGGAUAAAACUAGCGAGCAGUUUAUGGAGCCCGUGAAUUUCUAUAUGGUCGUGUUCCGCGAUGGGGUGCUGUCUUUCUCUUUCACCGAGAACCCUCAUGCAGCUAAUGUUCGGAAGCGCAUUGGCAAGCUUCGCGAUUAUGUAUCACUCAGCAGCGACUGGAUCUGCUAUGCGAUGAUCGACGAUAUUGUGGAUAGUUUCGGUCCUGUGAUUCGUGAAAUUGAGGUCGAAUCGGAGGCCAUCGAAGAUCUUGUGUUCAUUGCGCGUAUGGACGAUUUUGAGUCAUUCUUACCUCGCAUUGGUGGCUUACGCAAGAAGGUCAUGAGUCUGAUGCGUCUCUUGGGUGGCAAAGCCGAUGUAAUCCGGGGUUUCUCCAAACGCUGCAAUGAACAGUACUCGGUCACUCCCCGCGGCGACAUUGGCCUUUACUUAGGCGACAUCCAGGACCACGUUGUGACCAUGAUGUCUAAUCUAGCACAUUUCGAAAAAAUGCUCAGCCGCUCACACACCAACUAUCUUGCGCAGCUGAAUGUGACAAACUUGAUGCUGGGUAACCACGUCAACAAAGUUCUCAGCAAGGUCACACUCAUUGCCACCAUGCUCGUCCCUAUGAAUCUCAUCUGCGGUCUCUUCGGCAUGAAUGUAAAGGUUCCCGGAGAAAAAACAGACAGCCUCGCGUGGUUCUUCGGGAUCAUUGGCGUCAUUGGUGCUAUCAUAAUAGUCAGUGGAGUGGCCGCCCGCCGGUACAAGCUCGUUUAA